CGAGAUCCGUGCCUGUGAAAAUCUCGCCCCCAACCAUCCCAGAAAUCGCAGAGUUUGACCUUAGCUAGCUAGCUACAAUUACAAAACAACAUACACGUCGCACGGUCGUAAACAUCCAGGCAGUUUACUCCCUCUCAGAGAAAGCAACAAUUUGUAGCCACCAUGCCGACAUACAAGUUGACGUAUUUCAACGCCAGAGGUCUGGCCGAGUUGGCCCGGCUGAUGUUUGCAGAGAAGGGGGUCGAGUACGAAGAUGUUCGUAUUGAACGGGACCAAUGGCCUGAUAUGAAACCAAACACUCCACAAGGUCAGCUACCAAUCCUUGAAGUAGAUGGUCAGGUCAUUCCGCAGAGCAAAGCAUUUUGCCGAUACCUUGCUAGGGAGUUUGGAUUCUAUGGCUCGACAAGCUUGGAUACUGCUUGUGUGGAUGUUGUCUGCGAAACAAUCGAUGACCUGUUACAAGGUCUCCGAAAGUUUUUCGCCGAGCAAAACGAGGAGGAAAAGGCCAAGAAGAAGGCAGAGUUUUAUUCAGACGGUGGUAACGGACAAGUUGUAUUGAAGCGUCUUGAGAAACUUCUCGGAAAUGACGACUAUUUCGUUGAAAACAAGCUGUCCUUGGCCGACUUCAGCAUGAUGAUGGCGAGUGACUGGUAUCUCCGAAAUUCUGAAGGCGCGAUGGAUAACUUCCCAACCCUUCUGGCGCUUCGGAAACGCGUCAUGGAGCUCCCAAAAAUAGCCAAAUGGAUUGAGACACGUCCAGUUACUGAGUUUAAAUUUUCAAACAAGAUGCCAUCCUACAAGCUGAACUACUUCAAUGUCCGAGGAAGGGGUGAGGUGUCCCGUCUGUGCUUCGUGGUCGCCGGUGUUCCCUUUGAAGACUUCAGGGUAGAAUUUGCUGACUGGCCUGCCCUUAAACCAAAGAUGCCAAAUGGCGCUAUGCCAGUAUUGGAAGUCGACGGUAAAAUGCUACCAGAAACACAAGCAAUUCAGGGAUAUCUCGCAAGAGAGUUCAAUUUGGCGGGAACCAAUAACUGGGAGAGCGCAUUGGUCAACGUGGUGGCAGAAAUGAUAUCCGACCUCAAGAAACCUUUCUCCGACAAAGUCUUUUUCGAAAAGGAUGAGGCCAAAAAGGCUGAAAGUACCAAGACAUAUUUCGAAGAGACAGCACCUCCUAUGUUUAAGAGGCUUGAAGAAAGAUUGAAGGCAAACGGAGACGGAGAUGGAUAUUUUGUCGGUAACAAGAUCUCUCUCGCAGACAUUAUAUUCUUCAAUGGUAUGGACAACGUAUUGAAAGUGAAGGCUACAGCCCUAGACGACUACCCGAAGCUAAAAGCUCUCAGAGGUCGCGUUGCUGCCCUAAAGGAGGUGGCUGCGUAUCUUGAAAAACGUCCUGUAACAAACGUGUAGAUUAUUGGGUCAUCAAGUAGAACAUUUUCUUCAAAAUUUGUCUUUCCCUUCAUAAAAUAGAAGAAUAGAAAUCCAUAGUCAUUUUAGCUGUCAAGUUACACCCCUAUGUAUAAUUUGACAGACUGACACCCUUGUUCCGACAACAUUAAAAAAAUGUAUUUUCCUAUAGUCAUCAAACACUAGCGAAUAAUCACAUUUGUUUUUCGGAACAUGGUUUUUCGGAACUUAUGGGCGUCAGAACUUAGAGCAUGGUCACCAUCGGAACAUUCAAACAGAGUCGGUGUUUUUAUGCAAAUAAUUACAUUCAAAUCAUGAAUGUUUUAAUGUUAAGGGGCAAUGUUUGUAUUUAAAUAUUUAUUUCAACUGAGGUGUGGGAAAAUAACUUAAACCUUAAAGUAUAAGUGACCGAGCUGAACCCUGACAUCUCGAAUCACAAGUCAAGAACGCAGAGGAAGAAACUGUAUUCAUUUCUUGUUAACCCUAAAUCGUAUUCAUUAUUAUAUAACACCCAAGCAGAUCCUUGCCAUUUGAUUGGAGGAUUGUCCGUCACGUGAUAGCAAA